AUGAUCUACAACUUGGACCAGCCCUCCAAGGACUGCAAGGGCAAGGGCAAGACCGUCGGGUCAAGAGAUACGGACGCCGAUUUCACAAUCAAAAACAAACAGCAGUCAAACGCAGGAUCGUCUCCCACGACAAAAGUUCAAAUCGUUCGUUCCAUGCUCGACGUGGGUAAACCCAACAGCGACGGACAGCCCGGUCCGUCGUCCGCUAGUCGGCUUUCACAACCUGGCAAAGAGAACGACGAUCCCGCCAGACAAGUCUCUGAACGGUCACCGGCCUCCGAAGGUUCUCCUGCUACCUCCCCGCCGCCCUCGGCGGCGCCGGCGUCGCCCCCCGCCGGCAAGCUUGUUUCUGCGAACGAGAUCGAAGAAGCCAUUUCUAACGCGUCCUUAGCUGGCGGUGUUGUGCCCCCUAUGGCGGCGCCUUCCAGCGAUCUUAGGAACAUUGUUCGCCGCAAGCUGACGGGCUAUGUCGGCUUCGCUAACCUGCCUAACCAAUGGCACCGCAAGAGUGUCCGCAAGGGUUUCAACUUCAACGUCAUGGUUGUUGGUGAAUCUGGCCUCGGAAAGUCCACCCUUGUGAACACCCUCUUCAACACUUCCCUCUACCCUCCCAAGGAGCGCAAGGGACCUAGCCUCGACAUUAUCCCGAAGACUGUUACCAUUCAGUCCAUCAGCGCCGACAUUGAGGAGGCUGGCGUCCGCCUCCGUCUGACCGUCGUCGACACCCCCGGCUUUGGCGACUUCGUCAACAACGACGAGUCGUGGCGCCCGAUUGUCGACAACAUCGAGCAGCGUUACGACGCAUACCUCGACGCCGAGAACAAGGUCAAUCGCAUGAACAUCGUUGACAACCGCAUCCAUGCCUGUGUCUUCUUCAUCCAGCCCACUGGCCACUCCCUGAAGCCUCUCGACAUUGAGGUCAUGCGUCGCCUUCACACCAAGGUCAACCUGAUCCCCGUCAUUGCUAAGGCUGACACCCUCACCGACGAGGAGAUUGCCAACUUCAAGUCCAGAAUUCUGUCCGACAUCAAGUACCACGGUAUCCAGAUUUUCGAGGGCCCUCGCUACGAGCUCGAUGAUGAGGAGACCAUUGCUGAGAACAACGAGAUCAUGUCCAAGGUCCCGUUUGCUGUUGUCGGUGCUACCAACGAGAUCACCAACGCGGAUGGACGCAAGGUUCGCGGCCGUUCAUACCCCUGGGGUGUGAUUGAGGUCGACAACGAGGAGCACUGCGACUUCGUCAAGCUUCGCCAGAUGCUUAUCCGCACCCACAUGGAGGAGCUCAAGGAGCACACCAACAACAGCCUGUACGAGAACUACCGUACCGACAAGCUCAUUGGCAUGGGCGUGUCCCAGGACCCCAGCGUUUUCAAGGAGGUCAACCCCGCCGUCAAGCAGGAGGAGGAGCGCCACCUGCACGAGCAGAAGCUCGCCAAGAUGGAGGCCGAGAUGAAGAUGGUCUUCCAGCAGAAGGUCGCCGAAAAGGAGAGCAAGCUGAAGCAGAGCGAAGAGGAGCUCUACUCACGCCACAGGGAGAUGAAGGAGCAGCUCGAGCGCCAACGCAUGGAGCUCGAGGAGAAGAAGCAAAGGGUCGAAAGCGGCCGGCCCAUCGAGAAGGAAGGCAAGCGGAAGGGUUUCUCGCUCCGUUAA